AUGUUUCAGGACUCAGUGGCCUUUGAGGAUGUGACUGUGAACUUCACCCUGGAGGAGUGGGCUCUUCUGAAUCCAUCCCAGAAGAAACUCUACAGAGAUGUGAUGCAGGAAACCCUCAGGAACCUGGCUUCAGUAGGAGAAAAAUGGGAAGACCAUAAUAGUAGAAGUCUAUAUGAACAUCAUCAGACAGAUCUAAGGCCUGUGGUAGAGAGUCCCUGUAAAAAUAAAGAAGGUAGUCCGUUUGGAGAAUCCUUCAGCCAGAAUCCAAAUCAUAAGCAGAUAAAGAAAACUCCUACUGGAAUAAAACUGCGUAAAUGCAGUUUUUGUGGACAAGUGUUCAGGCAUCAUUCAUCCUUUAGCAGGCAUCUGAUCUCUCACACUGGCCACAAACUAUAUGAGUAUCAGGAAUGUGAAGAGAAGCCUUACAAAUGUAAGGAAUGUGGGAAGGCCUUCAAGCAUCGCCAGUCCAUUCGAGUACACGUAAGGACUCACACUGGAGAGAAACCGUACAAAUGCAAGCACUGUGGGAAGGCCUUCAAGCAUUGCCAAUCCAUUCGAAAGCACGAGAGGAUUCACACUGGAGAGAAACCCUACGAAUGCAAACAAUGUGGAGAAACAUUCAGAUAUCGCCACAACUUUCAAAAACACGAGCGAACUCACACUGGAGAGCAGCCAUACAGAUGUAAGCACUGUGGCAAAGCCCUCAGUUGUCGCAGUUACUGUCGGAUUCAUGAAAGAACUCACACUGGAGAGAAACCGUAUGAAUGUAAGCAAUGCGGGAAAGCCUUCAGUUACGCCAGUUACAUUCGAAUCCACGAGAGAACUCACACUGGAGAAAAGCCCUAUGAAUGCAAGAAGUGUGGGAAAGCCUUCAGUUGUCCGAAUUAUUUUCGAAAACACGAAAAGACUCACACUGGAGAGAAACCCUAUGAAUGUAAGCAGUGUGGCAAAGGCUUCAGUUGUCCCAGAUCCUUUCGAAGUCAUGAAAAGAGACACAGGGGUGAGAAGCCCUAUGAAUGUAAAAUUUGUGGUAAAACCUACAGUUGUCCCAUCUACUUUCGAAAUCACGAAAGGAGACACAGUGGGGAAAAAUCUUAUGAAUGUAAAAUAUGUGGCAAGUCCUUCAGUUGUCCAAAGUAUUUUCGAAAACACGAAAGAAGUCACACCGGAGAGGAACCCUGCGAAUGUAAUGAAUGUGAGAAUACCUUGAGUCCUCUCACCAUAUUUCAAACACACGUGAUGAAGCACAGCGAAGGUGGACCUUAUAAGUGUAAGGAGUGUGGGAAAGUCUUUGAUUGUCCCAGUAACUUUCGAUGUCAUGAAAAGAUACACAGUGGAGAAAAGCCAUACGAAUGUAAGGAAUGUGGCAAAGCUUUCAGUUCGCCCAUGUCCCUUCAAAACCACGAAAGAAGUCACAGUAGGAAAAAACCUCAUGAAUGUAAGGAAUGUGGUAAAGCCUUCAGUUUUCCCUGUUCCCUUCAAAAACAUGAAAGAAGUCAUACUGGGGAGAAACCGUAUGAAUGUAAGCAGUGUGGGAAAGCCUUCACUUAUCUCAGUUCCAUGCAAAAGCAUGAACGAACUCAUAGUGGAGAGAAACCUUAUGAAUGUAAGCAGUGUGGGAAAGCCUUCAUUUAUCUCAGUUCUAUGCAAAAACACGAAAGAACUCAUAGUGGAGAGAAACCCUAUGAAUGUGAGCAGUGUGGGAAAGCCUUCAUUACUCUCUCAAACGUUCAGAGGCAUAUGAUCAAGCACACUGGAGAUGGACCUUGUAAGUGUAAGGAGUGUGGGAAGGCCUUCGAUUGUCCUAGUUCAUUGCGAACCCACGAACGUACUCACACUGGGGAGAAACCCUAUCAGUGUAAACAUUGUAGUAAAGCCUUCACUCGUUCUAGUUCUUUACGAAACCAUGAAAGAACUCACAAUGGAGAGUAG